GUUCCGUGACGCAUGUUUCGCGCGAAACUCAGUUUUGGAAGCUAAAAACAAAUAGCGUCUUUGAAGAAGUUGAAAAUGAGUAAGAAGGAUAACGGCACGUCAGUCAUCCUUGCAUAUCUGAAUGAGAAGAACCGACCAUACAGUUCUCAGGAUGUAUUUUGUAAUUUACAGAAGCAGCAUGGAUUGGGAAAAACAGCAGUGGUCAAAGCUAUGGAUCUGCUGGCUCUAGAGGGCAAGAUAAAGGAGAAAUCAUACAACAAGCAAAAGAUUUAUUUCGCUGAUCAGUCUCAGUUUAAAGAUGUGGAUGAUGUAGAACUGAAGGCGAUGGACGCUCAGAUUUCACAGCUCAGCGCAGACGUGCAGUCCAUCACCCAGAGCUGCAGACAGCUGGACGCAGAGCUGAAGGAGCUCAACAGCGCCCUGACAACAGAGGAAGUGAUGUCAGAGAUCAAGGAGCUGAAAGCAGAGUGUUCGGGGUACAGAGCGCGCGUGGAGAAAAUAAAGUCGGCCACAAAUCACGUCACACCCGAAGAGAAAGAGAAGGUUUACACAGACCGGAAUGUUUACGUGAAAGAGUGGAAGAAGAGGAAGAGACUGGCUUCAGACAUGAUGGAUUCAAUCCUGGAAGGGUAUCCUAAGAGCAAAAAGCAGUUCCUGGAGGAAGUUGGAGUUGAGACUGAUGAGGACUGUAAGGUGGUCGUUCCAAGUAUUUGAAAUAUCUAAAAAAAAAUGCUUGUUCCUUCAUGUCGGCUUAGCCACACUUAGCUAAGAAUAUAGCUCACACCUCAGAGCAGUACGGGCCACAGUGCAUUGUUUAUAUAUAAGCAUAUUUACACAAAAGCUUCCGUUUGCAAGACUCAAAUGUGGAAUUUCUAGAUUUACACAUGCUUGUCACCUUAUAGUUGGUUUAUUUGACCCUUUUUAAAUAAAAGCCAUGAAACCAAUCCUGAGUUCCGAGGAAAAUGACAAUGAAUUAGUUAUAAGCUUUGAGAGCUGUAUGUUAUUUUUCAUGUGUUAAAAUCCAUAUUGUUCCCUAUUUUUGGAAAACUGUAAAUAAAAGACCUUAAGAGAU